GUUCGAGACAAAAAGAGACGAGCAUUCAUGGCCCCUUUUUAGAUGGACUUGGCCUCAAAGUGCGAUAUUAGUCCAGUUAUUGUACAAGCAUAUUCUCGAGAGAUCAAGACAGAAUGGCCAAAAAAGACAAAAAGAAAUCCGCAGAGAAAAAAGAACGCAACGCCGCUAAACAACUAAAAAAAGCCGACAAAAAAGAGAAAAAGAACAAGUCCAAGGGGAAAGACGUCGACAGUGAUGCCGAAGAUGUGGAUUUGGACGCUGUUUUGGCAGCCUAUGCUGAAGAACAAGCAAAAUUCCUAAAGGUCACAGAAGUACCUUCAAAUCCACCUUCUCCACGCUCCUCCUCGACCAUUCUUGCCUCACCAGCUAAUCGAAACGAAUUACUGGUCUUUGGCGGCGAAUAUUUUGACGGUACUCUCGCCACAUUCUUCAAUAAUCUCUAUGUCUAUCUGAUUGAUCGUCGAGAGUGGCGGGAAGUCACCAGUCCCAACAGCCCUUUGCCGAGGAGUGGACAUGCUUGGUGUCGAGGUGGAAAUGCAGGAGGUGUCUAUCUUUUCGGUGGGGAAUUCUCGUCACCUAAACAGGGUACUUUUUAUCAUUACAAUGACUUUUGGCAUCUUGAUCCUGCCACUCGGGAAUGGACUCGUCUUGAGCCCAAGGGGAAAGGCCCACCGGCUCGAAGUGGUCAUAGAAUGACAUAUUAUAAGAAUUAUAUCAUCCUAUUUGGUGGAUUCCAAGACACCUCCCAACAGACAAAAUACCUACAAGAUCUCUGGAUCUACGAUUGCACCAAAUUCGUAUGGUUUAACCCAGUACUUCCUGCCGCAUCUCAGAAACCAGAUGCUCGAUCUUCGUUUUCAUUUUUACCCCAUGAGUCUGGUGCCGUCUUAUAUGGCGGCUACUCUCGCGUCAAAGCAUCGACCGGUGCUGGUGGCGGAGGAAAGCAGGGUAAAGGUGCCGGUGGUCCGCAAAGAGUCACUUUAAAACCAAUGGUUCAUCAAGAUACUUGGUUUCUACGCAUCACACCUCCUGCAGCAGAUGCUCCCGCCUCUACGGGACCAACAGUUCGAUGGGAACGACGCAAGAAACCCGCCAAUGCACCCAACCCUCCGCGCGCCGGUGUCACAAUGGCCUACCAUAAGGGACGCGGAAUAAUGUUUGGUGGUGUCCAUGACAUAGAAAUGAGUGAAGAAGGUAUCGACAGUGAAUUUUUCGAUACCAUGUUUGCAUGGAAUCUCGAACGAAACCGAUUCUUCCCGCUUACUCUACGUCGGCCAAAAGCGCACGGGAAGAAACAGCAAACUCAGGCCGUGAAAGCUCGGGAUCGAAGUAAAGCGGAUGAAGAAGACUUAUUACGCAAUCUUGCUGCUUUGGAAGCAAAGCGCGGCAUUCGAACAGCAUAUGUUGACGAAGAUAAUAUGGACAUUGAUAGUCCUGUCGAUAAAGAAGAAGUCGAACUUGUUAAGCCGGAAAUUGUUAAGUUUGAGAUGCCGCAUCGGCGGUUCAAUGCUCAGUUGACUGUUCAGGAUGAUACUCUGUUCGUGUUUGGAGGCACAUUUGAACGAGGAGAUCAAGAAUUCAUUUUCAACGACAUGUAUUCUAUAGAUCUGGUGAAGCUGGAUGGUGUGAAGGAGAUCUUCUACAACGAACCUGCGAACUGGAACACGCAAGUCGAAGCAAGUGACGACGAAGAUGAGGAGGAAGACGAUGAUGAAGAUAUGGACGAAGAUGAAGACGAAGCUGGAGAGGCCAUGUCGGUAGACACACCCUCCGAAGCACAGAUCGAAUUCACAGUGCCCUCAAUAACGCGCGAUAUGCAACAACUUGAAGUCGAAGAGACAGAAGGUGACCCAGAAACCAAAGACGACAGACCACAACCACGACCAUUUGAGAGUCUACGGGACUUCUUUGUUCGCACAACUGCAGAAUGGCAGAAUUAUCUACUGGAGAAAUUGAAGCAGCGUGGAGAUCCAGCGGAAAAGACAGUCAAGGAGCUUCGGAAAGAGGCGUUUGAUCUUGCGGAAGAAAAAUGGUGGGAUAGUCGCGAGGAGAUUAUGGCUCUUGAAGAUGAGCAGGAGGCGGCUGGUAUUGGCGAGGUGGUCAGUAUGGCAGAUAGAGCGGAGGGUGGAGGAGCUGGACGACGGAGAUGA